AACAAUAACAGGAAGCCAUCCCGGGGGGAAGUGGGCCAGGGCCAGCUGGAAAACCUGAAGGGGCGGUGGCCAGGCCUCCCUCGCCGGCAGGGUGUGGCUCCCCUCCAGAGGCAGUCAACGGAGCUCCACAGAACUCCACUCCACACUCGGCCUUGACAGACAGACUAUCCGACGGAACGGAGAUACCCUUCAGCCCACGGGCGAGAUCUGUCCCUCCUAGGAAGAUGCAGAGGCUCAUGAUGCUGGUGGCCACAUUGGGUGCCUGCUUGGGUCUGCUGGCAGCAGCCGCAGUGGCAGCAGCAGGUGCCCACCCUGUCCAGCAGGAUACCCCCAGCCUGCUGCCCACCCACCAGCGCCAAAAGAGAGACUGGAUUUGGAACCAGAUGCACAUUGAUGAAGAGAAAAAUGCCUCACUGCCCCAUUAUGUGGGCAAGAUCAAGUCAAGUGUGAAUCGCAAGAAUGCCAAGUACCUGCUCAAAGGAGAGUCUGCCGGCAAAGUCUUCCGGGUCAAUGCAGACACAGGAGACGUGUAUGCCUUUGAGAGGUUGGACCGAGAGAAGAUCUCUGAGUACCAACUAGUGGCCCUCAUCGUGGACAAAGACACCAACAAAAACCUAGAGCCUCCUUCUAACUUCACCAUCAAAGUUCACGAUGUGAAUGACAACUGGCCUGUGUUCACACAACGGUUGUUCAAUGCAUCAGUGCCUGAAAUGUCAGCUGUGGGGACCUCGGUCAUCCGUGUGACAGCAAUGGAUGCAGAUGACCCCACAGUGGCAGAUCACGCCUCUGUCAUGUAUCAAAUCCUGAAGGGAGAAGAGAAUUUUGCCAUCGAUAAAUCUGGACUCAUUUUCACAACAACCAAAAACUUGGACCGAGAGACACAGGCCAGGUACGAGAUCGUGGUGGAAGCACGAGAUGCCCAGGGCCUCCAGGGGCACUCAGGCACAGCCACCGUGCUGGUUACUCUGCAAGACGUCAAUGACAACUUUCCCAUCUUCAUCCAGACCACGUACACGUUUGCUGUGCCUGAAGAUAUCCGCGUAGGCAGCCCCGUGGGCUCUCUGUUUGUUGAGGACCCAGAUGAGCCCCAGAACCGGAAGACCAAGUACAGCAUCGUGCAGGGCGAGUACAGGGACACUUUCACCAUCGAGACAGACCCCAACCACAACGAGGGCAUCAUCAAGCCCAGGAAGCUCCUGGACUAUGAACACAUUCGGCAAUACAGCUUCACCAUUGAGGCUACAGAUCCCACCAUCAACCUCCGAUACCUGAGCAGCACCCCCGUCAGAAACCAAGCCCGUGUCAUCAUUGAUGUCACAGACGUGGAUGAGCCACCCGUCUUCCAGCAGCACUUCUACCACUUCCAGCUGCCGGAGAACCAGAAGAAACCUCUGAUCGGCACAGUGCGGGCCACAGACCCGGAUGAGACUCGGCACAAUAUUGGGUACUCCAUCCGCAGGACCAGUGACAAGGGCCAAUUCUUCCGAGUAAGCAAACAGGGGAACAUUUACAAUGACAAAGAACUGGACAGAGAACUCUAUCCCUGGUAUAACCUGACUGUGGAGGCCAAAGAACUGGAUAUUAGUGGGAACCCCACAGGCAAAGAAUCCAUUGUGCAGGUCCACAUUGAAGUUCUGGAUGAGAAUGACAAUGCCCCAGAGUUUGCUGAGCCCUACAAUCCCAAAGUGUGUGAAAAUGCUGCCAUGGGCAAGCUGGUCCUACAGAUCUCCGCAAUAGACAAGGACAUAAUUCCACAAAACAUGAAGUUCAAGUUCUCCCUGAAUACUCAGGACAGCAACUUCACCCUCACGGAUAAUCACGAUAACACAGCCAACAUCACAGUCAAGUACGGGCAGUUUGACCGCGAGCGUGCCAAGGUCCACUUCCUACCCGUGAUCAUCUCAGACAAUGGGAGUCCAAGCCUCACAGGCACCAGCACACUGGCGGUGGCCGUGUGCAAGUGUAAUGAGCAGGGCGAGUUCACCUUCUGUGAAGAUAUGGCCUCCCAGGCGGGCAUCAGCAUCCAGGCGCUGGUAGCCAUCUUCCUCUGCAUACUCACCAUCACAGUGAUCACCCUGCUGAUCUUCCUGCGGCGGCGGCUCCGGAAGCAGACGGGCGCCCACGGCAAGAACGUGCCCGAGAUCCACGAGCAGCUGGUCACCUACGACGAGGAGGGCGGCGGCGAAAUGGACACCACCAGCUACGACGUGUCGGUGCUCAACUCGGUGCGCCACGGCGGGGUCAGGUCCCCCCACCCCGAGCUGGACGCCCGGCCGUCCCUGUACGCCCAGGUGCAGAAACCUCUGCGACACGCGCCCGGGGCGCACGGUGUGCCCAGGGAGAUGGCCACCAUGAUCGAGGUGAAGAAGGAGGAGGCGGACCAAGACGGCGGUGGUCCCCCCUACGACACGUUGCACAUCUACGACUACGAGGGCUCCGAGUCCAUCGCUGAGUCCCUCAGCUCACUGGGCACCAACUCAUCUGGCUCCGACAUCGAUUACGACUUCCUUAAUGACUGGGGGCCCAGGUUCAAAAUGCUGGCGGAGCUGUACGGCUCAGACCCCCGGGAGCAGCUAAUGUUUUAGGGGGCCAUAGCCCUCUGAGCCUGGGGG